CGAUUAUUUGCAAAACAAUAACACAUUUGCAGUGUUGAGGCAAACGUCAGUUCAUCUCAUGGGUGACCACUGAUUGUCCAUCAGAUCAAUGCAUCACUUCACUGACACAUGGAUUCAAUGGAUGUGUUGGUUGUGAGCAGUGACGCAAUGGCGCCGAAGAUGUGUCACUCAAAUGAUGUCAAUCUUUGUGUCAAUGAUUUGGUGAAUGAGUUGAACGAAGAAAACAGUCGACUCUUAAGUGAAUUGCAGAUCACCUCUCAUUUGAUCCAAUUAUGCCAUAAGUACCACAACUUUGUGACACAAUUUUACGCCAAUUGUCACUGUAGUGAACAAAUCACACAAAAGGAUGUCUUCAAUGAACUGCAACUCCAAUACAAUUGUAUUAAUACUCUAUUAGAGAACCGAUUUGCCGAAGACAUCACCACUGGAUCUAAUGAGAGACCGAAAACUAAGAUAUUCAGUGGAAAUACUGUGCAAACGAUAUCCAAACGAGUGGUUGAAGUGAAGACAAGUGGAGGCCAUCACAAGAAGAAUAAAAACAAUUUAGUGAAACCCCAAGAAAUAGAUCCAAAGAAGGAGUCAAUUGAUGGACACAAUGAUGUGAAACGCAAUCAGAGGCACGACUUUAUUCAUCCCAAGCCUAUUUUGGGCGAUAAGAGCUUAGACGUGACUGAUCCGGGUGAUGAUGACUAUGAUGAAGUGGUGGGCUAUGUGUGUGAGUACGACAACUGCGAGUACUUCAACCGAAAUAAGGGUAACGUUUCGCGACAUAUCUCUAAAAUGCAUUUAAAUAAGAGACCACUUGUUUGCGGUCAAUGCGGACAACCAUUUUGGGGCCGAAAGCGUCUCUUCGAGCACAAGAAGGCCAACCAUUUCGGGAAUUUAAUCUAUAAUAUGAAUCGCAAACAAUACAAAUGCGAUUGGGAUUCGUGUGGCUAUCAGUGCCAGAGUGUGACAAACCUGAAGCUCCAUCGGCGCCGGCAUUUCGGCCACAAACCCUUCAAAUGUCCGGUCGAUCACUGCUUGUCCUCUUUCGUCACGAAUAGUGAACUCAAAACACAUACCAUUAGUGUUCACAGCAAUGAAGUGCCCUUUAAAUGCCUGUGGAGUGGAUGUGAACUGGCCUUCAAGACUAAGCAACGCCUCAAAUGUCACUCAUAUGUCCACAACAAUGAGUGGCCGUAUGUCUGCGAGUGGCCGGGAUGUGAUGCGAAAUACGCGAAAAAUUCCGAUUUAAAAAUGCAUCGACUGUGCGUUCACUCGGAGAACAAGCCCUACCCGUGCGAAUGGCCCGGUUGUGAGGCUAAGUUCAAGACUAAAAAUGGGCGACGCGUUCAUAAUUUUACACAUACGGGCGAGCGCCCGUACCGGUGCGAGUGGCCCGGCUGUGAGGCCAGUUAUUAUAUGCCAUCGAAACUAAAUAGACAUAAAUUAUCACACAAUGGCAUCAAGAAGUACCAGUGCUCGUGGCCUGACUGUCAUAUGAAGUACACGUGUUCACAAGAUAAAAUACAGAAUAUGUUUGUCAAGAGAUGCGACAAAAAGUUAUCCAAAGAUAUUGCGGACCAAUACGACAAAUGCGACUCCGAGGCCAGCGAUUCACUUAAAGAGACGGUUCAGAAGUGUGCGAAAGAAGUCUGUAAUACUGAGGGAAAGUUUGACAAAACCGAUGUCUGUUGUUAUGCCAUCAAACCAAAUGCGAUGUUUGCCUGUUUUGAGCGGACUGUCCAUGAAAUAGAGGCCAAUGAAGCGAAAACGAAAGGCCAGGCAAACGACGAGUUGCACCGCAAGAAUAUGCACAACGCGGCGAUGAUUGUCGAAUGCUAUGAAGAAAUAGAUGACGACUAGAGCUGAGCGUCAAAUGUGUUGCAAACGACGGAUUCAUUAAAGUAUACAAACAUUUAUUACAAAUAUAAUGCUUUUGAAUAAAUGAAUUUCUUUAUUAAAUGCUAUAUUGUAUGCAACCAAUAGACUAAUGGAUGUAAGAAAUGAAAUAAUAAAAUGUUAUUUAUGAUAAUCUGAA